CUGUGUCACUUUUGCUGGCAUCAGCCUCUUGCAGGGUUUCCCCCUCCCUCUCCCCUCCCUCGUCCAAAGAGAGCGGCCGGUUAUGAGCAAUAGGCUCUUCGCUCUGGUGUUUUCAGCUGUUCUCUGGGCAGCGGAGGAGUGAAAGAAAGGCUUUCACUAUUUAAAAAAAAAAAAAAAAAGUUUAGACUCUGAGUAACCGACGGUCCCAUGUGCAUCAGUUUACAGCUGAAGCCAAGCAGACAGAGAGGAGGCGGAGAAGAGAGAAAGGGAAUAGAGGGGAAAAGGAAAACCCUUCGGUCUGGUAACUUUUUCCAGACGCUCUAAGCCAACUGGCCAUUGCAUGAAACGAUUUUUGGGAAAUGUUACGAAUUAACGCCAGGAACUUAAGCAUAACCUAACUGCAGAGAUUCAACAAACGUGGCUCUCCAUUUUUCUUUCUUCGAAAACAGAAAAGACAGAUCUUCAGGCACACCGGAAAAACUCUCAUAGUAAACGGCGAGAAGAACCAGGAUAAAUUAAAAAUGGACAACUUUGCAUACAUAUCAGUGGAAAUCAAGACGUAUAACAGAAUUAAGUAAAAGUCCAACAAACGUUCCCGACUUCCCUGAGUUUAUUUUGCGAUUGUUAUUCUGUUUGGAGACGGAUCCAAUCAUCGGGCGUGAGUGAUUCGCUCAUGCACUAGCAUGGAUUGCCAGUAAGAGCCUUGGUUGUGCUGUUCCCGAAUUUUGCCUGCGGCUAGAAGAUGAUGGACCCAGUGCAGCCCAGCGCGACCCAGAUGGACAGCUGCGACAAAGAGAUCGACCGGCAGUAUGAGGUGGUUCCCGCUGUCAUCUGCGCCGUGUGCUGUCUUUUUGGCAUUAUCUACUGCUUUUUCGGUUAUCGCUGCUUCAAGGCUGUCAUGUUCCUGUCAGGCCUCAUGUUUGGCUCCAUCGUCAUCUUCCUGCUGUGCUACCGCGAGCGGGUGCUGGACACGCAGCUGAGCGUGGAGGCCAGCGCGGGCAUCGGCCUGGGCAUCGGCCUGCUGUGCGGCCUGGUCACCAUGCUGGUGCGAAGUGUGGGCCUCUUUAUGACCGGACUGCUGCUCGGACUCCUGAUGGCCAUCGCCACCCUGCUGACCGCCAGCCCCUUCUACAUGCCCAGCUCGGUGUGGGUGCCGCUGGGGGCCCUGCUGGGUACCGGCAUGCUGUGCGCCGUCCUCAGCCUGCAGUGGCAGAAGGUGUUCACGGUGCUCUCCACAUCCGUCUUUGGAGCCGCCGUCAUGACGGUUUGUGCGGACUACUUCGUGGAGAUGCUAGUGCUGGUCAUAUAUGUGUAUGACUGUCUGCGACUGGAGCCUGUGGCGCCGCUCUGCUGGUACAGCUGGGUGAUCCUGGGUAUCUGGCCUGCCCUAAGCCUCCUGGGAGUCCUGGUGCAGUGGAAGCUGACCGCAGAGGGCUUCUCCCACACGGAGGUCAUAAUCAGCAGGCAGCGGAAGCGCGUGCAGCUGAUGCAGAUCCGUCAGAACGAUACCAAGAGAUGUGAACAGGCAGGGGAGCGCGAGGGCUCCUACCAGCGGAAGCCCACACCUGUCAAGCGCUACGCUGGUGACCUCCUGGCACCACCGAUCCUGAGUGAGUCUCAGCCUUCAAAUGCCUUCCCUCCUAACUCCCUCGUGCAGAGCUACCUGCGGAGCCUGCAGGACCGCCAGAUGGGCACGGGCACCUCACUCAGCAGUCUUGGCACUGCCAACCAUACCACCAUCGACUUUGAUUAUGAGACCAGCUCCACCGUGCCCCUCACAGCCACUAGCCCUGCCAUGCGGGUGUGACGUCCCCCCCCCCCCCCCCCCCCACCGCUUGCACGGUGCAGCAUAUUUAUGGCAUCUCCCAAAAGCCCAGCCCAGCACACCAGCACGUUCCCCAUUUCCAGUACUGGGCCUUCAGCUGAGGAGGACUGAGAUCUCAGCUUCUACAGCAUUCCAGCGUUCUGGUAUACGUGCUGUACUUUCCACAUCAGUGGCCCAUGCUCGUCUCCUGUGGAAUCUCAUAGCAGCGGUUUGUGCUCGGGAAUCACAGGGAAAGCUCCGAUAAGGACCAGCACAAAUCCAGAUUUACGGGAUUGAAUAACAGAGCCAUAGAGCCGAUUCUUACCCUGGUAAACAGAGAAGAUGCAUGUUGGGUCUCUUAAAACUUUGAUAGGAUACCAGGAGAAUCUAUAUUUCUCACCAUCUUCACUGACAGUUAUCCUUCACAUAAUCUUUUUUGUAAUAAAAUGGUUUUUAUGGAUAUGAAAAUUGGAAUCAAUGGACUUGCAUGUUUUUCUUUGAAUACCUGAUAAACAGAUGAACUGACGUAUUGACAUGGACGUUCUCUGUCGGUUUGGUCUGUUGCCCGACACGAUGCAGAUUUGAAAUACAUUCUGUAUAUGUCUGGAUUGUUUUUUCGUUUAUGGUACACAUGCAGAAGCCGGGCCUUCGCUGUGCCUGCCUGUCCCCACUGUCCCCAGCGAGGUGACGGCUGGGAUGGCUCUGAGCCAGUCGUGCUUGCCAACGCUCCUGGGUGUGGCACGAUGGAUGCUGACCCUAAUUUUAUCGACUAUCCUUGUGAUAAUCAGAUGAUUCGCUUCAAAUACAAAUGACCUCACCCUGAAGAAUACCGGCAAUCACAGAAUGAGAAACCAGAUAAAUAGGAAAAUAAAUCAGUACUGUAAAUAUUAAAUAAAUUGUCUUUUUUUUCUAGU